CGUCGUGUCAGAGACUCAAAAAGUAUUCGUUCCGUCAGUCGCAAAGAAAAAUCUCCAUCGCGAAGUGUCUUGAAUUUAUAUGGUUAGUGUUACGCUGUGAGAGAGAAAAAGGAGAAAAAAACUACUGAUAUUGCUGCUGUCUCAGAGAGAGAAGUGGAAAAAGGUGGAUCAAUUUAGUGCAGAAUCUUUACGUAUCGUGUGGCCUAUAGUGAGGAUAUAUUGUUCCAGAUCGGCGAGUUGUUAAAUAAGAAAUGUCCGCAUCCGCGAUGAGCCCCGAAUACGAUUAUCUAUUCAAAUUGCUGCUGAUUGGCGAUUCGGGCGUCGGAAAGUCUUGCCUUUUAUUGAGAUUUGCUGAUGAUACGUAUACGGAGAGCUAUAUCAGUACAAUUGGUGUAGAUUUUAAAAUUAGGACCAUUGACUUGGAUGGCAAAACGAUCAAACUGCAAAUUUGGGACACGGCUGGCCAGGAGCGCUUCCGUACGAUAACGUCGUCGUACUAUCGGGGCGCACACGGUAUCAUCGUGGUGUACGACUGCACCGACCAGGAAUCAUUCAACAACGUCAAACAAUGGCUUGAGGAAAUCGAGCGCUACGCAUGUGAGAACGUCAAUAAGCUGCUGGUAGGCAACAAAUGUGAUCUGCAGACAAAGAAGGUGGUGGACACGACCACGGCUACGGAAUACGCGAAUCAGCUAGGUAUCCCAUUUCUGGAGACUUCCGCCAAAAACGCCACCAACGUGGAGCAGGCAUUCAUGACGAUGGCGGCAGAAAUUAAGAAUCGCGUAGGUCCACCGUCCAGCGCCCCGGAGGCGCCCAGUGCCGUCAAGAUUGACAAAGGCCGCAACGUCGAGGCCAAGUCCGGAUGCUGCUGAACAGCUUUUGUUUGUUCUAUUUCUCUUGUACAUCUCCCCCUCCAAACAAAAAAAAACAAGAAACAAAGUGGAAAAAGCGUUUUGCAGCAAAACGGCAAAAGGCUUCUGCUUUAUCUACUUCUUUGAAACUACUAUUUUACACAACUAUUACUACCCCUACCGAACCAUUUCCUCUUCAUUGUGCAACACAAGAAUAACAACAGAACAGAGCAGUGCUGCUUGCCGCGUUUAUCGUCGAGUAAUUCUCAUCACCUAGCAGCAGUGAAAAAGAAAAAAAAUUCUUAUAGAAAUCAAUAAACAGAAAAGAGAAACAGAAAUCAGUUCAAUAUGAUUCAACAGAUAUCUAUCCAUGGAAACCACAUGUGCGACACGGAGAGAUUGCGGAAAGUUGGUGGAAAUAAAUGCUAACAUAAGAAGAAUAUUAUUCACUAGAGGAAAUACUUUUACUAGAGAGAACCAACCGGGAGAAAAGAAUAGUCGAUUUGUAAUAAUGGAUGAAAGGUCACAAGAGUUCGGAAAACACAUAAUACACACACACACACACACACACACGAAGGUAAAAUUUAAAUAAAUUAACAAAGAAGUUCUAAUUUUUCUAGACCAACAUGUGGGAGAAGGUAUUUCUUUUUCAAGGAAAGAAAACUUCUCCGGCAAGUGAACAAACACGGCGACAGUUGGUUUUCAUUUCAUUCUCGAUCGAUUGAUUGAACGGGGAGCGUUAAGUGGAAAUUUGUGCACGACCCAAGUGUGUUUGGGUCACAAAGAGCAGACACGAAUAUGACCAUCAAUCGUGCAGGAACAAUGCUUGAACAACUUCGUGUGGAACUCUCGCCGCCUGUUCGCCUGUUCACCAUGUACCAAUUUCUCAAAUAUUUAAAUUGGUGAUUCAUAAGGUCGCAAAUUCCAUAGCAGUAGCGAAUUAGUUGAACCCACUAAUCCAUUUUAAUAUAAAUAAAUGAAUAUUAUUCUUCAUUAGCUUUUUGGUCUGUGAGAAGUAAAUAAAACAUAUACACUAUAAUGGUAGGCGAAACAGGAGAAGAAACAAUUUUUAGGGUUUUAGUUAGAUUUAUUCGUGACGGUAUAGUGAGCAGAUUCUUUUGUGUUUACUAUUUUAGUCGUAUGCAAAGAAAUGAAAACGUUAUAUUGGAUGUAUUUAUCGUAUACUGGUUAAUUGCCGCUUUUUCGAUUUCGAUUUAGUCUUCUUUCUUGAUAUCCUCUGUAUUUUCGUUUUGUUCUUUUAGGCAGCCUAUUUGUACGAAUCGUUUCGCUUACAGCAAAGGAAACAAAACGUUAAUUGAUAACAUCAGCACUUCUAAUACUAUCGUAUAUAUAUUUUAUAAUCUUUACCGUUCUAUUGAGGAAAUAAAAAAGAAGAAGGUAGCAUUGAUUGAUUGAUUGGAUCAGCGAGUGAGUUAGCUCGUAUAGUAGAAACAAGAAUAUAAGCAGAAACUUACAACAACCAAUACAACACACGGACUCCAGAGGAAUACGGCAAAGAAAAAUUCGUGAAUAAAAAUCUUUAAAAUACUUA